CAUAAAAACAAAAUGCUAUUGCAUCACCUCAUGCCACGUCAUUCUUCUGAAUAAGAGCCUUACUCCGUCAGACUAAUCAAGGUAUUAUUCAUGAUUUGUUCAGUUAUAGUAUACACAGGUACUGCGCGACAAUACAGUCUGCACAGUACGGUCGAAAUGUACGAGCAGGCAGAGCCUGUCCGGUCGCCUUUCUCCGGCCCCGACAGCCCCCAACCCAGCGAGCCGCCACCCCAACCCAGUCCCGUCCGUCAGAGUGGUUCACGCGGGCGUGCCCGCCAUGGCAACGGUGCUUCGGACAAGCAGCGGGAAGACCAGGACACGUCUUCACACACGUACGAAAACGCCGAGGAGGCGAAACGUUACGCAACGUCUGCAGAUGGCGGAUAUCCGGGUGGAGCGAGCGGCCGCCGUGGUGUCUGUAGUUUCCUCCGCGCCCGCCGCAGCUUCCUCGCCGCCGGCAUCGCCGUGCUGCUUAGCCUGUGCGCUGUGGGACUCGCCCCUUUGACGUUCAGCAACAAACAGGAAAUAUCGCAAUUGAAACGCGACCAAGACGGCAUGUCCACCACUGUUGACGCCCUGAAAAGCGACCAAGACGCCUUGAAGCGCGACCAAGACGGCAUGUCCACCACUGUUGACGCCCUGAAAAGCGACCAAGACGGCAUGUCCGCCACUGUUGAGGCCUUGAAGCGUGACCAAGACGGCAUGUCCACCGCUGUUGACGACGUAAAACGCGACCUGGACAACGAGCGAAGCCGAAUCGCCACCUUGGACGCGUAUAAAAUAUGUUUUCAGGAAAUAUCUCAAUUGUCGACGACUGUCAAACGAGACUUGCGCCAACUGUCCACCACGGUUGACGCCCUGAAGCGCGACCAAGCUGCCUUAAAGCGCGACCAAGACGCCUUGAAGAGCGACCAAGACACCUUGCGCCGACUGUCUGCCCCUGUUGACGCCUUGAAGCGCGACCGAGACACCUUGCGCCGACUGUCUGCCACUGUUGACGCCUUGAAGCGCGACCAAGACGCCUUGCGCCGACUGUCUGCCACUGUUGACGCCUUGAAGCGCGACCAAGACGACGUGCACCGACUGUCCGCCACUGUUGACGCCUUGAAGCGCGACCAAGACGGCAUGUCCACCACUGUUGACGACUUGAAACGCGACCUGGUCAACGAGCGAAGCCGAACCGGCACUUUGGAGAAGCGUCUUCAUGAGAUUGCGAAGACUUUACUAUCUUGUCCUGAAGGUUACACAAUCUGGCGUGGAAUCUGCUACAAGGCCUUCAACACAGGCAGGUCCUUCAGCGAUGCGGGCGCGGCCUGUGGUGCAGACGGCGGCACCCUCGCCAUGCCCCGAGACGCGGACACCAACGCCUUCCUCAUCACCCUGUACAACUCCGUGUGCAAGAGUUGUGCCUUCUGGUUCGGCCUGCACGAUCAGGGCGAAGAGGGGCGGUUUGAGUGGGUGGACGGGUCUGCACUUGGGCCGUACAGCUCCUGGGGUCCUGGAGAACCGAACGACGUCAGGCGUGGCGAAGAUUGCGUCGUUUACUCCGGAAUGCCAUUUCUGAAAGACAAGUGGAACGACGAAAAAUGCCACGAGAAGUUUCGCUUCAUAUGCCAGGCUGCUCCAGAACGUCCAUAGGCGACUGUCGAGAGUCUCACCACUGCUGUAUAGCUGCUGUAGUACAACUUAAGACCGGCAAUUACAGCAUUGUUUUAGAUCAACAUUUU